AUGACAGCUCACCAGAUUCUAGUUGAGUACCCAAAGGAGCACGAGUACAUCAGGGACCCCGACAUGCAGCAAGUGUCAGUGGAGUACGCGGAUGGCCUUCUUCAGCUUGUCGACUCCUUGGUCCAGAUAUCUCUGCCUGUACCUGUGGCACCGGUGGCACCUCUUUCGGCUACAGGGAGGAGACGUAGACAAGCUUCUUGUCUUCUUGCCCCUGGUGGCAAUGGAGUCAGCAUCCGACUGAUUGAAGUGGCCCAACGCCUUAAGGAGGGUCAAAGCUGUAUAGGCUUGGCAUUGGCUGAAACCAUAAUGAGUUUGGAUGCUUUCCAUUGGCGAGAGACUUCUUGGUUUGCGGGAAGUCCACUGCUUCUUCAGGUGUGGCUGAUGGAUAAGCUGAAGGUUGUCGUCCCUUGCCCAGAGUAUUUGGCCAGAUCUUACUUCUUUCGCCCACGUUUUCAUUGUUGUAUUGUCUCUCUUUGCGUGAAGGUAUGGCUUCCGAUCUAUCUCUGCAUCAAAAGCAACGAUUGCAAAUGGGAGAUUAGAGAUUCACCGGCGAAGAAGCAAAGGUGCGAGGGUUGCGCUUCCCCACCACCUCCACCAUCACCAUCACCAUCACCAUCGCCGCUUUGUUCAUCAGCAGAAGAAAAAGAAGACCCUAGAUCUAAAAUCGUAUUCUAUAACUACGAUGAUGAUUCAGAUGUGGAAGAUGAUAGUGAUGGAAUGCAUGAGUUUACUGAUAAGGAAUUCCAAGAGUAUGAUAGACAGUUAACCCAAAGUGAUGGCUUUGAUGUCAUGUACUUCCCACGCUCGUUUGGGUUUGGUGGAACAGAGCCGGUUUUUAACCUGGAUGAGAUUGCCGACGAUCUCAAAACUUUUUCGGAAUUAGCGCUCAAGCAAUACAAUGACAAAGAGUUUAAGAAGCUGGAGUUUGUGAAGGUUGUGAAGGCAAACAUGGGUUUAUGUGCUGGGUUUAAGUAUUAUAUUACCUUUGAUGUUAAGGAUGCUGAUGCUGUUGAUGGUGGUACUAUGGAAUUUGAAGCUUGCGUUUGGGAUGGGAUCGGCCAUACUGACGUACUAAUUAGUAGGCUGAAAAUUAGCACUUAGUCAAGAUGGGCCUGGGGUCUUGUUAUUAGC